UUAUACGUAUUUACUAAGGUUAUAUUCUCGAACUAUAAAUUACUAAAAGAAAUUAUUUUUAAUAAAAAUAAACUAUUUAUUUUAAAAUUUUAA